AUGUCCGGAGCAGCUGGAGGCGAUCGAAGGGUGAAAACGUCGAAUGGUAAGUGUUUUGAUUUUAGUGCUUUGGCUUUUAGGAUUUAAAUUUUUGGUAAAUCGCAGCUUGACCAAUCAGACGUGAUGAAGAAUACGGAUUUUCGCAAAUAAGAGUUAACUUUCCCGUAAUUUCCAGGAGAAACUUAUAUCCCAGCUAGCCAAAGGCCAGAUGGUACAUGGAGAAAACCGUUGAAGGUAAAAGAAGGCUACAUUCCUGCGGAUGAACGGCCGAGAUUUCAAUGUCGAGCUCAAAGAGAAGCUGAAGAUCGAGCGUCGAAACCAAAGUUCCCAGUUGGUUGGUCUCCCAAAGAACUUCAAAAAGAAGCCAAGAAGGUCGCAGACGAGAAAAAGAAACGGGCUGAGAUGCCGGUAGCAGCGGUGGAAUCAAAAAAUGUUCCAGUUACCCAAAGCGACCACAUUCAGAAGAAAAUUCAUGGUUUGAAGAAGAAAUUGGAUGAUAUCGAUAAGAUUCAGGUGAGGUUUAGAGUUGAAAAUGCGAUGCAAAGCGUUAAAACUGUUUAUUUUUUAAAGUUUUAUUUUAAUUUUGUCAAAAAACGAGUUUUUUCCAAAAAAGAAAAAUUUUGGGCUCAGCCGGUGAUCGAAACCGGGGCCUCUCGCACCCAAAGCGAGAAUCAUACCACUAGACCACUGAGCCGCGGUUUCAAGAGAGACGAAGAGCUUUUACUUUUCGGAGGAGUUUUUUACGCCAUUUGGAGAAGUUUUUCUCCCAUUUCUCUAUUAGAAACUGAAAAAAAUUCCGUUUCGUUUUGAUGUAUUUAUUCUAAAAUUAAUUUACAAUUAUUUACAGAAGCGAAUUGACACUGGUGAGCUGAAGAAUCCGGAGAAAACUCAAUUGGAAAAGAUUGAGAGAAGACCCGUUAUAACCGAUGAAAUUGAAAAAUUGACGGCCGAACUCGAGAAUCUCGCCACAUAA